AUGGCUCUGGGUGACCCUUCACUUAGGGAGCUCUCUUUGGGACAACUUGUUGACAUCGUUGUGGUUCACAUCCAUGGUGACACCUUUAAAGGCCUUUGGAACUGUGAUCUUUUCGCAUGUAAGGGCCUUGGCCCCGGAGUCUGGACCUUAUAUGGAUUUGUUUUGGACCACAUCGAUCAAAACACUGGGCACUUGAGGGCCACAGACACCUCGAAGGCUUUUCUGAGACCGGAGGCCAGCCCUGACUCAGUUACCACAUUGGUGGAGGUCUGUUCGGGCAUCGGUGGCAUUAGUGUGGGGGCUCACUUUGCGGGUUUCAAUACGCUUUUGUCUGUGGACAAGUCAGAGAUUGCUUGCGCAACGGUUCGACUGAACGGCGGAGCGGCCAUCGCUGGUGAUGUUGGGGACAGGGCUGUUCAGCUCCAGAUCUCUAUGGCUUGCUGCAACCAAGGACACAUUUUAGCUGCUGGCUUUCCUUGCAACAGUUAUUCUGUGCAGGGAUCGGGCAAGGGAAUCAGUGAUCCGAGAGGGCAAGUGUUGCUCCAUGUACUGCAAAUUGCGUGGCGCAACCAGUCACACGGGUUGCUUCUUGAAUGCGUCUCGGAAGUCUGCGGGUACCCGGAAGUAGAGCAGCUACUGCAAAGGUUGGCCGCUGCUAUGCAUCUGCAGUUGCAGCAGGUCCGCCUGGACCUAGCAGACCAGUGGGCUUCGAGGCGUGCUCGCUGGUGGUGCGUUAUGUUGCCUGCUGGCACCCCCGACUUGACGCUGCCGGUCUGGCCAACGCUUCCCGUCAAACUUGUGGUGCAGGACGUCAUUGCAGAGUGGCCAAUAUGGCCUAGUGACCAAGUACAAAAGCUUGCUUGGACCCCUCAAGAGGUCGAGAAGUACAUGGAUCCCGCCUACGGUUCGGACUGCCGCUGCCUUGAUGUGCGCGCACAGGCCCCAACGGCCUUGCACAGCUGGGGCUCAGCCCUGCAUGCCUGUCCCUGCGGCUGCCGGGCAAAUGCCUUUACGGAGCACAAUCUUCGCGUCAACGGCCUUCGGGGUGUAGGGGUUGCCACGGCCGGCCUUUCGGGUCUUAGGUUUCCUCACGCCAGUGAGGUAGGUUUCCUUAAUACCCUUCCCGCCUCCUUCCUCCACCUGUCCGAGCCCCGAGCUGCGCUGUGUUUGGUCGGGCAAAUUGCUGCCCCUUUGCAGGCCCUUUGGGUAUCAGCCCACAUCCGCAUGUGGAUUGAGCUUGCCUUUGACCUACCAAAUGUCACCUGCCCCAUGCAGCUCUUGGAGGAUUUCAAAAGCAUGCUCCAUGAAUCCCAGCGUGAUUUUUGGACAACCUCGGCCAUUGCCGCCUCGUCCUCGGUGUGGCUUAGCGUUGAUGGUUCCCCCUUCGAGCUGCCGGUCUCCGGACCCACCACGGUUGCACAGCUCGUGAAGGCUGAGAAGGCUCUUCAAGGGUCGGGGGUCACGAUUCAGGUUUUUGAGGGUGAUCGUCGCCUCCCUGCGGGGGCCUUCUUGCAUCCUAACGGUGCGGCCUCUCCGUACCGCUUGGUGCUGCGCCGGAAAACUGCAUGUCGGACUGCACCUGCCCUGCCUCAGGAGCCGCAACAGCCGGAGGGCACCUCCGAUGUCACCAUUUGGACGGGAUUGCUGAGAUUGCAGGCCGCCUCUUCGAAACCUGCCUUUGUUGCUCCACCUGCGCUUGUAACUGGCUGGCUCCGCUUGACCUGGUUACGCACCGGGCACUGGGCAUUGCUUGCUAUUAGUCGGGAGCAUGAUGCGGGCCCUGCCGUCACUCUGUUUGAUGGCCUCCCGGGUAGAAGCACAACCGCGGCGCAAGCCCUUGCUGACGCCAUCUGCCUUGCGUGUGACAUGCCACAAACCAUUGUCUCCGAACCUGCACACCUCGUUCAGCUCGAGCCGGGCCAAUGCGGGCCCAUGCUCCUUGCAUUUGCCGCUCAGGUGCUUGGGGACCUAGAUGCCACUUUUGAAACUUUGCUCCAAGAUGCCAUAGCGUACUGCAGAUUUGUGCCGCGGCAUACGGCCGUCUUGUAUGGCUCCGGUGCCCUUUCUGAGGCUCAGACUUCCACCUUGCGCCAGCUCUUGGUUGACAGGGGUGUGACUGUCGAUCAUGUCAGUGAACGAAUUCAGGGUGCUGUUCAGAAGAUAGGUGCCGGCCCUCUGUCCAAAGCUCUGGCAGCCGACAAUCCCUGGCAGGCUCUGAAGGCCCUUGGUUCUUGCCCUUCUUCCCUCUUCAGGUGGAUACGUCCAGAAGAGUUGCGCGCCCAUGCACAGGCAAAGGCUCAAUUGCAGUUUGGUGCCGCCAUUGGAAAUGCCAAGGCUAGAAAACAAAAGCCUGCCCGGACCAGCAAACCUGUCCUUAACGUUGACCCCACUGCCUUGCAAAUUGCUCCCGGAGCUUUUGUCUCAUCUGAUGGCACUUCGCUCUCCCAGCUUGCUUUCGACGAGGUUGGCCCACAGGCCCGAGGCGUUGCUUUCUGCACCGGCCAACAGAUGCUGCCCUUCCUCUCUGACUACCGGGCUCUCAGUGUUGAUGCUCUUGCUCUCAUCUCCACUGCUCCAGUCCCAACAGAGGUGUGUGCCGGAGCUCCCGCUUCUUCGAUUCGCUUCCCGGCCGUUUACGCUCCGACACAGGAAGCUGUCCUGCUCAGCGGGACCAUUCUUCAGCUCGGUGAUGAGCAUGUGCAGCUAUCUGCAGCCGAUGCCGAUAUGGGUGACAUUGAGAAACUGGACACCAUCACGGGUCGAAUUUCCUUCUUCAAAGAUGAGGCCCAACUUGGUUGGGAGGUCUUUGCAAAGGCUCCUGUGAAGUCGCUGCUGCAACACAUCCCGGGCCUCAACUUGUGCAGGGACGCAAACUGCAAAGGCGAUUGUCCUGCUUUUCACCCAGCUGUUGAGGAGCAUGUGGAACGCUUGCUGCUAGAUGUCUGGGCCAGACAGUUUGCAAAAGCAGAAGGUGGUAGUGCCUCUCCAGAGGCAGCCGAACUUUUUCAGGCUUUGGUGCGUGUGCCUGCUUCCGCCGCCAAACAUCUUCAGCAUGUUCAUGUUGCCGGGUUUUACUUUGAGCCCCGGGCCGCCAACGGUUUUGGGCCUCAUCCCUCAUACGCGGUUGUGUGGCUCCCAGGUCACGACAAAGCGCAGGCCACCCACCUCCUGAGGACAUGCGACAAAGCGCUGGGGCUUGCGCGGCUCGGUAAUAAAUUCGGCAUCAGGGUUCUGGAUGAACAUGAGCAGCUUGUCUUCGAGAAGCUCCGCCCGAGGCAACCUUUUGUGAAGGUCAAGGUGUUGUCUAGGUGGCGGUUACAUCCUCUGCCGCAUGGCACUCAAAGGCACACGCUGGUGCAGUUGCUGGGCAAGUGGAAGUGGGCUGCGAAGCCCUUGCAACCAUGCAAAGGAGAUUCCUCUGGCUGUGCCUGGGAGGUUGGCAGUGCCGAAGACCCGCCCUCCUCUGUGCUGCAGGCUGGUGAGGCCUUUGUGCUCAUUCACAAGCUUCGGGACCUGAGCUCUCCCGCCAAACCCGAGGCAUUGUGCGCAUCCAACCGCACUCGUCGGCGUAUCUUGUAUGAUGACCCUGAAGUCCCUCAGUCAUCUGCUGACCCCUGGGCUGGUGGUCGUGAUCCAUGGAGUCUUUCCCGCCCCCCGCCUGGGCUUCCUGCCCCUGCUGCUUCGUCUCAGCAAUGCCCUGCUCCGCCAUCGGCCGCUGUGAGCAAACUCACUGAGGUUAAGUCCGAGCUGCAAGCCAAUUUGGCCACUCUUGUGCGCAAAGAGGUCCAAGCUGCCACCUCUUCUGUGAAGGCUGCUGACCCUAACGAUGCCCGCAUCCAGCAACUUGAGGUUGGACUGAACGAGGUGCGCAUGCAGAACAGCAAAUUUGAGGAAUGGUUUCAGACCUUCGGCACCCAAAUGCGCCAGCAGGCUACGCAGGUUGUUGAGGUGCAAAAGGCAGUGUCUGCUCAGCAGAGCGAGUUCUCGGCGCUCAAGUCGGAUGUCACAACCUCCAUUGCUCAGGCCAUGAACUCGCUACAGAGCGAUAUGCAAAAGCAAUUUGCUUCUCAGACUGCAUCUCUUGAGGCCAUGCUGGCAAAGAAGCCCCGCACGGAGAUGCGUGUGCCUGGGGGCACUGGGCCUUUGCGCCUUUUAAGGUUUCUUCUUCUGCUCUGCCUUGCUGGCCCUGUUGUCGGCGAACGCGGACCAGAGCCGUUUUGCCGUUAUGGUGAGGCCUCCAAUCCUGGCCCUGAUAACAUCAUUUCCUUUGGCACCUCCAAUCCGAGUGGCCUUCGCAACAAAGAACAACUGGUUGCCGAUUUCGGCCCUGGGGUCUGGCAGUAUUCGGAAACUCAGUUGUCUGCUGUCAGUCUGCCAUCUGCGUCUCGAGCCAUCCGUGCCCUUACGCGGGCACAGCACCGUGAUGUGCGCAUUUUUGCCGGGGCCCCGGCCCCUCUUCGCCCUGGUUCCAGUUAUGCUGGUUCUUGGACUGGAGUCCUCACAUUGAGUGACUUUCCCUGCCGCCCGGUGCAGCUGCAAUGGCUGCACGAUUCGUUCCAUUCCGGCCGCAUUCAAGCCCUGCACCAUUUUGUGAAUGACACCCCGAUCCUCACUGCCAAUCUCUACGGUUUUCCGAGUGGCAAGACCUACACUGAUGCACGUGCUCGCACCGAGCGCCUGCUUGAAACCCUCACCCAUGAACUCGUUUUGGGCCGUAAAGGCAUCAGAAUGAUUGCUGGCGAUUUCAAUCAUUGGCACGAGCACCUGCAUCAGGUCGCAAUUUGGAAACAACAGGGCUGGAUUGAGGCCCAAGACCUCGCUGCAAUCAGAUGGCAAACGCCCCUGGUUCCUACUUGUAAGGGCUCAACACAUCGUGACUUCAUUUUCCUUAGCCCUGAGGCCGCAGCCCUUUGUGAGUCGGUCCGCGUCCAAGAGACGUUUGCGGAGCAUGCCACGGUAAUCGCCGGGAUCCGGUUGACUGGGGUCCACCGAGUACAAUCCUGGCCUCUCCCCGCCGAAAUUCCUUGGUCUUCUGUUGACCUACCGGCUUGGACCCGGGAGUGUGAUGUCAUUCCCAUCGCAGAGUCUUGCUCCACUCGCUGGUUGCGGUCUUUUGCAAGGGGCUUUGAAGCUAGUCUUGUGGGUCAUGUGGUUGGGGCCCCCUCUGGCUGCCUGCCCCACCGCUGUCACGGCCGCGCCUGCCGACUGUCUCCGGAUCGGCCUCCUCGCAUUCACCCUCCCAAGCCGGCCAGACCCGGCGAGGAGGCUGCACAUCAUGAUUUAUUGUCUCUUGAGGUCAAGCGCUGGUACCAACAACUCCGCCGGUUGCAAUCUUUGGACCAUGCUAUGCGUGCCGGGAACCAAUCCCCUAGUGCGAUCGAGCACCGCUUGGGUUUGUGGCGUUCGAUUCUCUCUGCCCGAGGCUUCCGCCCUGCUUUUCAGCUUUGGUGGCCCACUCGCCCGGUUCAGCUUGCUGGAUCCCCUGCAGCCUUUCCGGCCUUUCUUCCCAGUGCGGAGCUCUGCUCUCUUCUCUUUCUGGACUUCAGAGACAACUUUCGUAAAUUCGAGGCGUGGAACAUACGCCAGCGGCACGCCAUUUUGGCUGAACAAUAUGCUCAUAAUCACAAUCUCCUGUUCCGUGACCUCCGUGAUCCCAAGCCUGAACAGGUUGAUACUCUUGAGCUUAAAAGGUCAUACCAGAUUUUGGAUGUUGACCCUCCCACCUGCGGUGUUCACCUUGCUGAUCGGAUUGAUGACCGUGGCUGCAGCCAGUGGACUUUGGAUGGGUGCGCCGUUCAGGUGACUUCAGUGGACGGGGACUUGUGUUGCAUUCCCUCUUGUCCCUCCUUGCAUCCCGACGCCGAGCUUGAGCAGACAGUCGUCCUUUCCUCGGCCUCUCAUAUACAGUUUGAAUUCGAAAAGCUUUGGAUUUCGUUUUGGCAGCGUUUCGCCCACUCCUCUGAGGCCGACUGGUCCCGUGUUACAUCUUUCGCCCAGGCCUAUCUUCCACAGGGCCAACUGGACCUGCCUCCAAUCAGCCUUGAUCAGUGGCGCGGUGCAUUGCGCCGUUUCAAGCCUCGUGCAGCGCGUGGCUGUGAUGGAUUUGCCAAACUUGACUUGCUCAACAUGUCCGAUCCUCAUGCCUUACAACUUCUUGCAUUCCUGGCGGAUAUAGAGGCCGGUGUGCGUGAAUGGCCCGCCCAAUGGCUUAAUGGUCUGGUAUGUUGCCUCAAAAAGCCAAACGAGCAACAGGGUCCGGAGGGCUUUCGGCCCAUUACCCUCCUUUGCUGCGCAUACCGUGCAUGGAGCGGUCUUCGGGCCCGCCAGGUUCUACGUUGGCUUGUUGAUUUCAUGCCUCACUCCGCCCUUGGUUUCAUGCCACACCGCGAGGCCUCACAAUUCUGGUGGAUGUUGGAAGCUCAGGUUGAGCUCGCUUGUCAGAACGAGCUACCUUUUUUGGGGUAUGCCACCGACGUCAUCAAGGCGUUUAACGCGCUGCCACGACAACCUGUGUUUGCGAUUGCGGCUUGGAUUGGCCUGCCACCAAAUCUCUUGCGCCCAUGGGGCUCCUUCCUGGACAAGCUUGAGCGCCGGUUUCUCAUUCGCAAUGCCGUCGGCGAACCUCAGCUUUCGACCUGCGGCUUCCCCGAGGGGUGCGCCCUGAGUACGGUUGCGAUGAGCAUUGUCUGCUUGUGCUUCCACCAAUACCUUGAAAGCUUUACGGCCGCUUGCAGUCCUCAUUCUUACGUUGACAACCUCGCCUGCUCCGCGCAAUCCGUCGGUCAACUUGCGACGGGAACUGCUGCCUCCCUUGCUUUCCUGGACAUGUGGGGCCUCACUGCCGACCCCUCCAAGACGUACGUGUGGGCAGUUCAGCCCGGACAUCGCUCACAGCUUAAGGCAAUGGGUUUUCGUGUCCAGACACACGCCCGCGAGCUUGGUGGCCUCUUGAGUUUUGAGCGUUCUAAGCAUAAUGCAGCAUUGGUGAAACGUUGCCAGGACUUGGGCCCUUGGUUCGACCGCCUUCGUCGUUCCCCAAGUGCUUAUGUGCACAAGCUGCGAGCCUUGCCGAUAAAAUUUUGGAGUCAUGCUCUUCAUGGCAUUUCGGGCUGCCCAUUGGCCGACUCCGUCAUUGCCGGUUUGCGUGCCCAAGCUGUGCGGGCCCUUGGGGCCAAUUCGGCUGGAUCGAGCUCCAUGCUCCGCCUUUCUACUUGUGGCUUCCUGGACGCCGACCCGGGCUUCUAUCAGCUCUGGUGCACUCUGCGCGACCUGCGAAGACUGGCUGUCAAAGACUCCAGGGUCCUUCCUUUGUGGACCGUCUUUGCUGCCAAUUUUCAGGGCCAAUUGCUGCAUGGCCCCUUCUCGAAGCUGUUUCAAGUUCUGGGACAGAUCGGCUGGAGGAUUGAUCACCCGCCUUUUGUUACGGACCAUGACGGGUUAGUCCACAAUGUCUUGGAAAUCCCCACCAGUCUCCUGCGCCAGCUUUGCGAGCAGGCAUGGUUGAAUUACGUGGCUACUCAGCACCGCCACCGACAUACCAUGCUCGACCUCCUUGGCAUCGAUAAUGCCUUACUGCAGGAAGACUCUGGUCGGCUUAACGCCCUGGAUUCGGCUCGUCUUGCCGCCCUUCGGAGCGGAGCCUUCAUGUUCGGGGCCAGCCAGAUGCGUUUUGACCGAGCCCAGGACGGACUCUGCCCCUUUGCCAGGUCCUGGAUGAUCAUGAACACCGCGUCUGCCACUGUCCUCGAUUCGCUGCAGCGCGCCUACCUUUUCAAUGGUUUGCUUCUUUGGAGCACACCGCCGGUCCGCAACAUAUCUUCUCCGACGGCUCGUGCUUUGUUGGCCUGCGGGCCGGUCCCUGGGCUUCAGCAAUCUUCCCCUCGAGCAGAGCUCUGGGGCGCCAUUGCAGCUCUCAAGUGGGGUGCCUUUGUCAUUGUCCCGGUAGUGCUGUGGACUGACUCGGAUUAUGUGGGCCGUGGCAUUCGCCGGAUGCUGCGUGGUGAUUUCUUCACGCCGGCCGAAAAUGCUGAUCUUUGGGAGCUGCUUCGAGAACAGGACUGGGCCAUCCAGUGGAAUGCUCAUGCAGAUACUGCCGCAGGCGUGGCGAACUUGAAUCGCCCACUUGAGCUUACUAACGCUCAUGCUCGCGCUCUGGGCUGGCACGAACAAACUCUGGAAGUCAUUCGGGCUCUGCGCGGCAUCUACUUUGGCAUCGCUGCCGCCACGCAGCGCUCUGGCUUUGCAUUCGGCGGGGAGGCUGAAUUGGAGGAGCCACGCUCGCCCGAUUUGCCGCCCCCCGCCUCUGCUCAGGCUGAUUUUCUGGAUGAGCUGCCCUUGAACUGGAAGCAGCGGGCAGCGGACGCCUGCCCUGAGCUGCCUGCGACCUUUCUUCUGUCCUGGUGUAGCUUCUUGGCUGACGAAGCUGAUUCCGGCGACUUGUGGAGACAGAUUUCAUGGCUUGAAGCAGUUUUCAUAUUCCAUGUCCUUGGUGGGCAAAGAUUUCCGGUGCGCUCUCUCUCCGGUGAGGGUUGGAGGAAUGCUGCUGAUGUUCCUUUACACUGCCCGACUCUGACGGUAGCUGUACAGUUUAGCCUGACGCGUCGUGCGCUCAAGGGCAUCUUCAAGGCCUUACAGAGGGAGGAUCUUUUAGUUGAUUGCAUCGAUCUUGUCGAUUUCGGUAUUUCUUUUGCGAUUGGUGGCUUUUUGUUUCCAGUACGAUCCACUUUUCUGCUGGCUGCUAGGUCACGACUUUCUGAGUUUUGUGCGGGGCGUAAGAUUUGUACAGUUGGCGACCUCGCUCGCAUUUUCUGA